AUGGACCUCUCAGCGCUCAGUGCAUUUGUACACGGCCCUAACGUGAGGCACACCAAAACCAUCAGUGCUGCUGGUCGCCGAACGGCAUGGAAAGCAGCGGCAGAGAUUCUCGGCACUUUGGGUCAGGCGAGUCUGCAGGCAGAUCCAGUUCUUCUAGGGGCGGCUUGUGCCACCUACAGCUGUGGAGCGCAGUGGAAAUUGGCUGCUCACUUGGUGGUGGAGCUGUACCAGGGGCAGCUGAGGAGCAAUCAGGUCAUUUACGGAGCCUUGGCCUCAGCCUGCAGUCGUGGAACGAAAUGGAUGCGCAGCAAUCAGAUCUUGAUGAAUAUGCUGGAGGGUGGCAUGUCUGGCAACAUGAUGGUCGUGGGGACCAUCAGCCACAAGGCUCCAUGGGCAUGUGCCUCAGAAGCGAAGCAGAAACUUGAACCAUUUGAGAACGCUGAUCCACCUGCAGAAACAUAUGACCGAAAGGAGUCUUAUGAGAAGUGCCUCCCACCAGUUCACACCACAAUCUCAAAAGUUGAAGAUCAAGACCGAAAGCCUCUGCCGGAACUUCCUGAGCUGCCUGAACUUCCAGAGCUUACUUUGGAGCCCAUCAUUUUUCGAUCCAACACGGAUCCACCGGGCCUGCUGACGGCUUCCAGGUCCAGGUUCGACGAUGAGGACCGUGGCUCGCUGGGCGGUCAGUUGAGCGAAGAGCCAGAGGUCGUGGAGCCGGAAGUACCAACAGCCACGGUGGCCACGGCCUUGGAAAUCAUGCAAUCAACCAAGCCGGAAGAGGCCACCCUUGAGAUUGAAGAAGCCUUGACAGCUCUGGAUACCUACGUCCGGGGCCGAACUUCAGAGGAACAUGCCAAGCAGCAGUCGUCAGCCCAGAUGCAUGCUGCAUUUCGGGUGGGCUGUUGGACCGUUCUCCUGACCCUGCCCAUCAUUGUAUGGCCUUGGGCACUGCGACUACAAGAAGUCAGCACUGUCCAGCGUGAAUACUUGGGCUAUUGGGGCUCCAUGCUGCUGCAAUUCCUUUUUUGCAUUGGUCCCACGUUGGGAGCCUCCACCAAGUCGACUCUGGAGGGAUGGCUGGGGACCGCUUUAGCAACCCUCAACAUGAUGCUGCUGAACAAUGCCUUUGGUCCCUGGCUGUCUGGGGGAGCCUACCAGAACCGCAUUGAAUUCUUCGACAACAGCACGGGAUCGCUGGUGCCUACCUCCAAAUGGCUUCCCUUGUGCAACAAUGGGGCGGACCUGAGCUUCAACAGAUGCUUUGUGAAUAUGAAUACGGCUCUGGCGCCAGAUGCUGAGUAUGUCAAAGCUAUGGUGGUUCUUCUUGACUUCAUCCUCUUUGUUUUCGCCAUGCUGACGUUUGGCUUCAACACCAACGUCCGUGUCUUCAGCAUCUCAACUCAUGCCUUUUAUGUCAUGAGUUUCUUGGAUCCUUCCACCGGCUCCUUUGACAUUUCGCCAUCACUCGCAGCCAACUAUUUCACCAUCGUCACUGGAGCUUCCCUGGCGGUGAUCCUUUGCUUCCUGAUCCCGACUCCCAUCACAGCAACCUCCAAGGCCAGGUCACAGCUUCAGACCACCGGCUCCGCCGUGGUCAUGGUUUUGGAAUCCUUGCCACUGACACCCUCAGAGCUGUGUAGAUCCAAGACCCAAGCAGCCAUGGAUGAGGUGACAUCCUUGAUGAAAGAUCUGGAGUCCCACCUUCAGGUGAUGUGGUUUGAGGACUUUGGAAUCUGGAAACGGCGCGCCACCUACCGCCGUUGGCUUCAAGCUUUCUUCGAGAUUCUGCGAUGCUCCAUGCAGAACAUAGAUGCUGUGCUCUGCGCAGCAGCUGCCCUGCCGGUGAAGGAGAGUGAGCAGGUUGCAGCCACCUUACCAUCACUUCGAGGCGAGUGCUUCCUGGUGGCUGGCUCAUUAAGAGCCCUGUUGGCCGUCAAGACUCCAGAUGAAGUGAAGCCAGUGGUUGAUAUUUUGCUGGAAAAGCGACAGGCCUUACGUGAACAGUUGGCGCAGGAGUUUCCGAAGAGCUACGAAGCACCGGGCAAUUCCAACUUUUUGCUGCCACCGGCCUUGGUGUUUUGUUUGGCUGUGACUGGUGUAGUGGAUGAUUCAUGUCAGGCUCUGACCAGCCUGGCUUUGUAUGGCUUGGAGGAGAAGAAAUCUGUCUGUGCCAGAGCGUGUCGCUAUUUGCAGUCUUUGCAGAGCCAUGUGGAAAUCAAGCUCUAUGAGCGAACCAUCACUCAUCCCCGAUUUGUGCUGCGAUACACUCUGACUCUCACCAUCACAUUUGUCAUUGGUUGGCUCGGAGUAGCCAAUGUCAUUGCUCCGUACUCUUCGCAGCCGUCUUCCACGGUGUCUGUCAUCAUCUACACUUUCACCGCCGCGAGCUUGCCCCUGACUCUGAAGCGUUUCAAUGGAGUCUUGCUGGGAAACAUUUUGGGCAGUGUUGCUCAGCGCUUAUUUGCGGUUCAAACAGUGGGCCAUGCCAUUUGCCUGGCACUUUUCCAGUUGAUCUCCGUGACAGCCCUGGUCUUUGCCUCGUUCCAUUCCAAGAAACACGGCGGCGUGGCGCUGCUCACCGCGGCCUACGCCAUGUCAGCCUUGAUUCCCAGCAAGGGUCUCUUCAGGGAGGAAGCGGUGAAAGUUACCAGCUCGGAUGGGAGCUUCCUCUUUGUGACCAUGGUGGGAACCUUCCUAGGUGUGUCUGUGCUGCUGCUGAUUGACUUAAUCUUGGCCUCCAGUGCCAAGAGACAAGCGAAGCAACGGCUCUUGCGCGGCCUGGGGCGGGUCUCCAAGUUCGCAGUUCAAGUGCUGGACCCCCCGGAAAAUCUUCCAGGUAACUCCGAAAAGACCAAGAAGUCAGAUGUGGAAGAAGGUGAAGAUGCCAGUGAAGAUGUGCUGGGCAAAUUGCAGGCUGGGAUCUAUGAGGACCUGGAUGAGUUGGCAAAUCUCCUUCCCUAUGCUGCAGAUGAACCCAGCCUUUAUGGUCGCAGCUUUCCAGUGGAUCUGUGUCUGGACCUGGAGCGAGGCCUGCGGGUCGUCACGCGGCAUUUUCGGAUCAUCACCUGGGCGAUUCAGCUCCUAGAGAAGCCACAGAAGCAGGUGCAGCUGAAGGCUGGCUCUCGCAUCUUCAAGGGAGGUCGCACACCAAAGGCCCUGGCGCAGCCCCUGCUCCGAAACGAGCUCUUUCGGCCUAUUCUGGCCACCUUGGCAGAGGAAAUCCAGAAGAUGUUGGAGAACAUCCGGGUGUUGACCGCCGCAAGGCUCCAAUCUUCCAAGCCUUGGAGCUCGAAGCAGGAGAAAGAAGAUAGUAGGGAGGCAGAGAAGUUGAGGAAAUUGUUGCGCAGCAGACUGUAUACCCAGACUGUCAGCAAUGCCUUCUGCAAGAUUGCUCGCUCACCAUGGAAGCUGGCAUGGAAAGGAGCAGUCCGGAAAAAUGGACAGGUGCCAUGUGCAGAAGAAUUUCCCAUCGCAGCCAUAGACCCCUUAGAUCCAGCCAUAGCCAUGCCAGAGGUGUUCCACGGGGACCCCUUAAGGGAUCCAGGUCAAGUGUUGCGGCGCACGGCUUCCAACCCAAUCUUUGAGCUAACAACCAGUGGGAGUGACAGCUGGGUGACCACCUCGUUAUCCAACCAGUUCUCCAACCGUAAAGCUGCUGCACAAGCGCUGCUACUGGCUGCAUCCCGGCAGGGUGCCAAGAAGAUCUGGUCCCAGCAGCGUGCACUUCAAAAGCUGGCGAAAAAACUGGCCAAGGAGAAUUUGGAAGACAACCCCCUCGUCCUUCCACCGGUGACAGCAUUGGAACCAGGUGGUGCGAAGCAGGGUGUAGCGGACAACUUUGCUCUUCGACUUCUCCUUCUCUUCGAUCAGCUCAGGGAGGUGGCAUCCAGUCGUCGUUCGGACUUGCCGGAUGAUGAUCCGGUCUCCACCUUGGAACUCAUCAUCUUUUUCCUGGGAUCUGACCAUUCUCAGAGGCUGCUCUGGACGCUCAGAUCAAAAUUCUGCGAGCCGGGCACGCUCUGCUGGAACAAUUUGAUGGCCAAUCUGGGUACAGAGUGGCUGCAGGCACUUCUCCUCCUAGAGCUCUUGUGCCAGUCAUCUGAGGCAGAUCUUGUCACGUACACUGCAGCUGCUACUGUCCAGACUUGGAGACGCUGUGCAACGAUCCUGGAGGAUGCUGAUGUUGCUGAUGCGCCUUCACAAGGAGCUGAAUUGCAAAAGCUCGGUCAGCACCAGCAGUGGUCGAUUUGCCUCGUCUUGGCAAGAAAUGCUGAAGAAGGAAGAAUGUGCCUGGACAUGCGGCAGUACAGCGCCGCAAUCAAUGCCUGCUCCUCCGUCCUGCAAUGGAGGCGGAGCAUUGUGCUGCUAAAGAUGUGCAAGUGUGGGUCAGCAACGGCUGGGGUGCAGGCAGUAACAUCAGUCGCAGAUUCCUGUGGCAAAAUGCAGUCCUGGCAACAGACAUUGCAACUUGUUUCAGCUGCCCCAGCAUGUGGGAUAGAAAUGGAUGUUGCGGCCAUGAGUGCGGCUCUAAGUGCCUGCGCCUUGGGCCGAAGAUGGAGCAGGUCAGUUCAAGUCUUCUCCUCGCUGCGAUUUUCUCGACAUACUCCUGAUGCAGUUGCACAAGGGUCCCUUGUUGAAGCCUUUGCAGACGGCUGGCGACAGGCCUUGAGCUGCGCAGGACAGGCUUCAGAUGUUGCUUGGCUCUCCUGUGUCAGCAGCUGCGCAGUUGCAGGCCAAUGGCCUUGGACCCUUUGGAUGCUGAGCCUGUCGCAUCUGCGCUCGAAGGAACUCCUGUCCGCUGUCAAUGCAGCUCUGACUGCUUGUGCAGCUGCCAGCCAGUGCAGCAAGGCCCUGAUGUUGCUGGAUUGGCUGGGCGAGCUGAAGUUGCAACCCGACUCUGUCAGCUUGAGAAGUCUCACUGCCUGUGAAGAUUUGCAGUUGAGUUUCAGGCCCAGGCUCUUGGAUCAACUCUCAUUUCUGAGAGCUGCUGAAGCACGCCAUGUACUCCUCGCGGCACAGGAGCUGGAAUGCCAUGGCUGGUUACACUCAAGCUUCUCCGCGGCCGCAGCACGUGUUGCAGCGCAACAGAUUCUCCUCAUCGAAAGGGUUGCGAGUGAAGGGCGGCUCAGUGAACGGGUCUGGGAACCUCAGUCUUUACGCGAGAUGCACUAUGCAAGUGGUUGUCGCCAGACUUCAGGCAGAGGACGCAUGGAACCUACCCAUGGCUGCCACGAGCUCGACAAGGAGCUGGGUGACGCAUUUGAGGAUGCUUCGCUGCUGAGAUAUGUCUUGAGCUAUGAGAAUCAUCCCGAUCAAGCGCUACAGGCAGCCCGCAAGGCACUCGAGUGGCGACAGGAUCACAAGGACUUGGUGGAAGCUGCUAAGCAGAGGAAACCGCCUCCAGGCCUCACAAUGCAGGAACUCUGCUGUCUGCAGACGCUUCUGUUGACGUCCUUCCAUGGUGCCACCAACUUCGGCGACCCGCUGUUGAUCAUUCGAGUGGGCCUCUCCAACCAGACAGCCGUUCUGGACAUGAUGGGCGAAGAGAAGGUGGAGUUAUGGGUGAAUUAUCUGAAUGAAUGCUCCUUUCAAUACUGCGAGGCAGCGACCCGAAAAAUGUCGUACUUCGUGAAACACAUUGGUCUCCAAGACCUCAGUGGUAUGGGCAUGAUGCCGGACCGGCGCUUCUUUCGCAUCUUGGGUCGUGUCUCCAAGACCAACGAGUGGCUGCGACCACAGCUGCUGGGUCGUGUGGUGAUUUUCAACGCGCCCAGCUGGGUCGGCUUGGCUUUUCGCCUGGCCUCCAACUUCCUAAGUCAGAAGACCUUGUCCAAGGUGUGGAUACAUCGACAAAGGCCAAGUGGCACGAUGUGCCCCUACGGACAGCAAUUGAUUCGCCCUGAGUCACUCCCUUCCAUCUUGGGUGGCCUCUGCACAUGUGAUGGGCAGGGCUGCGUGGGUGGAAGGCCCAACACCUGCUGGCAGAAACCCACACCCGAGGAUAUUCCCGGCUCCUUAACCGAGUUGCUGGCCAUCCGACGCCUGCCACGUUGCGAAGAUUUGGUGCCGCCCGCGGCACCGCCACUCCCUUCGGUGCAGCCAGCGACGACACCGCCGUCGCAGCAGCCAUGGUGCCGUCGCUGCUGCAAGAAGCGGCGGCCACUGGCAGCCAGUGCGGAUGUGCAUGUCUGA